UGGGCUUUUCAUACCCUGGACGCGUGCACCACGACUCUGCCAGAGGAGUGCCGACUGCUUUCCCCUUUUUGGUAUUCUCUGAUUUUCGGUGCGAGCACCCUCAUCCAAGAAAGCUUUACAGACCAUGUCUUUUGCAUAUAGUGAGGAAAGAGCGAGAGAGAUCGUGUCAGAAGUCACCACCAGUACGGAGUUCCUGAAGACACCACCUGCUGAAUUACGCGGUAAGGAUUGGGAGAAGGAAUCGAGAAAACUGGUGGCGUGGGAAUUACAUGCGGCUACAUUAGCUGAGUAUUGUAGACACCAGAGAAUCCCACGCGGCUUGAGGGUUAAUCUGAGACCCACUUUUUUCUGCGAUGAUCUGCAGUAUUGCACUCAAUUUGCCAACAUACUUAACAAGUGUUCUCAUGAUUUAAUGAUACUCACCAUAGAACAUUUGAACACAUCUAUUGCUGAGACCAAGAUUCAUAUUUCAUCGAUUGAACAGCAACUACAGGAUUCUCUCACUGCUGAAGAUUUGAUAUCCUUAAAACAAAAGAUUGAUAAAAAUUGCAGCGAUCUGAAAAAGGACAUUGAAGCUACCAAGCGUAAAAAAUAUACACGUGACUUGGAGGACUAUCAGAAUAAAAGGAUAUACAAAUGGCAGGACUCGCUGGGUACAGCUAUUCCAUUGACAAGACGCUUUACACGCCGAACAGGCUCUCAAUCAUCAGGAUCAGGCAGCGAUUAUUCCACCGGUGUACGCCCUCAGGCGCCUUUUUUAGGACAAAGCCGCCGAAGAGGAAGAAUACAAGGAGAGCAGGACGGCACUACAGGAGAAACACAAGCGUCCAUGACCACCAGGUCCCAGUCACAGAGAAAAUGAAAAUAAUGAA